AUGAGCGACAGCAUUGCCACCAUGAAAAGUGAAGAUGUACUAUUUGAUCUUUUAGAAAAACAUGGUGCUCGACCCUCUUUAUCAGGUAUGGAUUGGGCACGACAGAACUGGUAUAACUUGCAGAGUGUUUCUGACCGUAUUAGUAUCCUGCAAAAGAAUGCUCGUACCCGAGAUGGAAAAGGAAAGUCAUUUAUCUGUGCAGUACUGGGUUCUGCUCUGGUUGCAGCCACAGAAUUCCGAGACCAGCAACUUAAGGCAGAAACCCAAACUGUAGAGUCGCUGCAGGAAUUGGUCAAGACUCUGCAGAAACAAACAGAGGAACUACAAAGGCAAUUAGAAAAUGAAAAGCAUGAUUCAGCUCUCUUACUAGAGGCUAUGAAGGAACAGUUAAGGUAUAAAGAUAAUAGCGAUAUUAUCGCUCAUAGUUUGCCUCGAGAAAAAAUCUAUCCUCUAGAAGGAUUGAAAGAAAUGAAAGCAAGGUUAGACAAAUUAGAGGCCUCUCCAGCCCAGAUGCGUCCUUUGAUAAAAACUGAAUAUACAUUUGAUAACAGUGAGGAUCUAGAUCCUCAAAUGAAUGUUAAGGAAAUUCCCUUCUCAGCCACUGAACUAGCAAAAUUGAAAAAGGAUUUCAGCCGCUCUCCAAAGGAAUCUGAAACAGAGUAUGUAUGGAGGGUUAGCCUCACUGGUGGAGACCAGAUUCUGCUAACAGAAAAGGAGGCGGAAGGUUAUUGGGGACCAGGAGUAUUUUUAACUACUGGCAACAGUCGUGCUCCCUGGUCCUUAACACAAAGGGCUGCCUAUUGGGCAGGUGGUCUCAACCCUUUAGAAAGGGGAGACCCUCUUGCCAUUACUGGAACAGUUGAUCAAUUAGUAGAGAGUGUUCAAAAGGCUGCUUGUCUCCAAAUGAUGUAUGAUAGAAAGCUGCAGCCGCACCAUGAAUCACCUAUGAUGAUGCCUGUCGAUCCUGAAAGAAUGACCCCUCUAAUUAGGGGGCUUCCAGAGUCGUUAAAACCUAUAGGUAUUCAACUGCAAGGAAAAAUACAGGCAAUGCCUCAAGGAGAGAGGGCCCGGGCAGCGUUAGAAGGAACUUUAACCCCCAACAAUCUCCAGACGGCAUACAAAGUGUGGACAUGGGGGGAGGUCGCUCAAGAGUUAAUAAACUACGGCCGAAGGUACGGUCCUGUGACUACCUUCACCGUUAGACCAGAGACUAAGGGAGUGAGGCGUGCAGUGGUUAAUCCGACCCCUCUCCCAUCCAACCCAGUUCACAACGGAUUUAAAGGGGCUUCAUUUUCAGUAAAGCCAAGUGGGCGAAAUAUAGAUCAUAAACGUAAUAGUUUCUGGACGCUGGGCUGGCAGAAGGGCAUUCCGCGAGAACUUAUGGAUGGAUUAUCUACAGACAGGCUAGAGAAAUUAGUAAAUUGGUGGCCAAGACAAAAGUUCGAAAAGAGUGACACUCCAUCCCCUAGUGCUCCCCCUUUGGAAUCAGCACAGGCGGUAGGACCUCAGGAAAACUAGUGCCUUCGCUCCUCUCAAGUGAG